CUUCAUAUCCAACUGGCGGGGAGGAACUUGAAGGGGAGAUGGAGAAUAAUUGCAAGAUCAGGCAGUGGAUUUCUUGAAAUACGGAAAUUGCUAUAGGAGGUUGAUGUGAAAAAGCCAUAUUUCGGGCAAGUCCGUUGCUGGUUACCCCACGGUUUCGAUGAACAAGAAAUGCGUCCUGGAAAUUUGCUUCCAUUGAAAAUCAACUCUCUCGAGAAGUUGUGCAUGGCACUCUAUUCAUAAGGAUAGCGUCCCGGGCUGUCGGAGGCUAAAUCGACUUCAAUUAAGGAAUAUUCUCGUCAAUUCACUGAAAAUGGUGGAACAAGGCCCUGAAGCCUGGAAUUUGAAAUGUGUUGCAUCCACGAACGUCCCGGGGGACACCCCAGUCCCUUCUGACCAGAAUUUAUUACCGGGCCAAUCUUUGGCUGGGAGUCCGGAGCAUAGGGUGACGCGAGGCACUCCCUCCAAUUACUUUAAGAGCGCGGAUUGGACUGCUGACGGUACGACCAUUGUGACGAAUUCCGCCGAUAACCACAUUAGAACAUUUGUAUUGCCUCCUGAUCUACUCGAGGAGAAGGAAGUGCCACAUUCGAUCACUCCUUAUUAUACACUGUGCUCCAAAGAACCAGUCUACUCACUGUCCAUUUAUCCUUUUUUUUCGCUUCAGGACACCUCAGCAGCAAUACUACUAUCUUCAGUUCGAGAUCACCCCAUUCGAUUAACCUCGGCACUAUACCCAGGGUUGAUCGCGUCGUACAGCUUGAUUUCGCCUACAACAGAGGCCUUUAUUACCCCCCACAGCAUUCUUUAUCCAGCGACUCUGACUGGGACGCACUUUCUGACGGGCUCCGAUAGUUUAAUUUGCUUAUUUGAUGUAUCACGUCCUGGGAAAGAUGGUCCAGUCUCCAGGAUGCCCACAAUUCCCAGCAAGCGGAAUAAAAUGGUGGGUGGCGGGAUUGGGAUGAAAGGAAUUAUAUCUACUCUCGCCGAAAACCCUUCGGGAGACGGGAUCGUUGCAGCCGGUACAUUUACAAGACAUAUUGGACUUUAUGCGUCCCAUGGCAGCGGUGAUACUAUUGCCACGUUCAGUGUGGCAGGGACGGAAGCAGAACGCCGAGUUGGAGGGAAGGGCGUUACUCAAGUUUUGUGGAGUCCUUGUGGCAGAUAUCUAUAUGUGGCAGAAAGGAAAAGCGAUGGAAUGUUGAUAUAUGAUAUUAGAGUUACUGGCCAGCUGGUUGGCUGGUUGAAGGGCAGGCAGGCAAUGACAAAUCAGCGACUAAACAUUGACGUUGUCAGCAGUGGUGCUGAUGGGAGCCAUGAGAUUUGGGCCGGCGGUACAGAUGGAUAUAUCCGGAUGUGGGAAUCUCCGACCGUUGUUGGAGGGGAAGUACAACCGACUUGGGAGAAGAGGAUUCACGACGACCCGGUGUCAAGUGCGGUUUUCCACCCGAUGGGAAGUGUGUUGGCUACUUGCUCGGGCCAAAAAAGAUACCCUGAAUAUUCUGACGAAAAUAGGGGUCUAAAUUGCCCUACUCCGGACCGUCCUGAAUGCCACCAAAUGGACAACUCUCUUCGAGUGUGGCAGUUAUAA